AUGGGCCUCCGGCAGAGGAUGCGUGGCCGCGAUGAGUCGCGUCUGCUUGCAGCCACACUUGGCCGCGCGGCUGCCGUGCGCUCGUUUACGGGGGGCGCCUGGGGCCGGCCGCAGCCACCACGCACAACGUCGCUGGCGGGUGUUGCGCCGGGCGCGGUGUAUUUCGUGCGCCAUGGGGAGAGCACGUCAAACGAGCGCGGCAUCCUGGCGGGGAUCAUUGACGUCAAGCUCACAGAUUUUGGCGAGCUCCAGGCACGCGCAGCCGGCCGUGACCUCGCCGCCAAGGGCGUGCGCGUCGAUGUGGUGUUCACGUCUCACCUGCGGCGAACCGCCUACACGGCGCGGGCAGCGCUUGAGGCCGCAGGGCAGGGGGGCAUGGCACUUCAGCAUGACAGCCGCAUUGCGGAGCGCAGCUUUGGCAUCUUUGCCGGUCAGAAUAUUCGCUUGCUGCAGAUGGCCCUGGGCUACGAAACCUACGAGUCCCUUAUGCACGGCGCGCACGCGGCACCGCCCCUGGGAGAGCCUGUCGCAUCGGUCUAUGCGCGAGUCGCGUCUUUCUAUGAGGACGUGGCGGUGCCGAUGGCGGCAACGGGAAAGAACGUGUUGGUCGUGAGCCACCAGUACGCCCUGGAGCCUCUGGCCCUCUACGUUUCAGGCCUGCCCCCGGAGGCCUACCGCAACGUCAACCUGCCGAACGGCAAGGCCCUAUCCGUUGACGACCUGCGGCGCUACAUGGCCAGCGAAGCUUGCAACACGGCGUUCACGCUGGACACUUGCAGCGAAGAGGACGUGAGCAGCGAGGAGGACUCCAGGACUGACGACGGCAUGGUUGAGGGGCAGAAUGAUGACAUUGAGAUCGGUCGCUUUGGCGCGCCUGCAGGCGCGUGCGACACCGCCGAUGCCGCUGCAGACGACUCUGCCCCGCUGAUGCCCUCAGGCACCGCGCCGUCCCAUGCUGGCGGCGCGGCGCCGGCCCACGCUACGCCUCGCGGCAGCGGGGGCGGCAGCAGCACGGCAGCGGUGCUGCACUCGAUGAACCUGGUGGACGCCUACAUCCUGCUCACACAGCCCAACUACUUCCUCUUUGCGGCCCUGGCUGCCCCCCUGCGCGCAGCGGGUGCAGCAGCGGGCGGCCCUGCCGCGUCGUGGUACCUGUUCUGGGUGGCCGCAGCGUUUUUUGUGCUCCCAGCGCUUGAGCAGGCGGUGCUGGUGCGGGCGUUCAUGCGGCGCCUGCUUGUGCGCUCGCACAACACGGCUGUGCCGCAAGGCCAGCUCGACGCGCUCUGGGCGACAGUCGGCGCCGGCAGUGGCGGCAGCAUAAGCGGCGCGCCGGGCGGCCUAAUUUCGGAGGCUCUUGAGCCUGUGGUUGCGGCUGCGAGGGCCCUUGCCACGGCAGACACGGCCGACCCCUCCAGCCCCACGAUGCGGUCUCUGGACCGUUAUGCGGCGCAGCAGCUGCGGGAGCGCAUCGCCGCCACGGGCGGCGGCGACCGUGGUGACGGGCCAGGCGUGCUUGGUGCUGGCAUCAAUUACAGCGCGUUCUCACGCUACUUCCAAAGCACAGGAGGCAAUCUCGACUUGAACGCGCCCAGCUGCAAGUAA